AUGGCUCAAAUUGAAUGCGACAAAAAACUUGAUCUGGAUGAUCCACUUAACAGGCCAUCUUUUUUGAAUGCAUCUUCAGAUCAAAUGAAAACAAUUCAGGAAAAAGGAAAUAAAAAGAUCAAAGGUAUUCAAAAGUACGAUGAUAAUCAAUUCAAGUCAACUCAAUUAUUUAAGGGUAUCAAAGAACAAGAGUCACCAAAAGAUUUAAUUUAUUUCGAUGUCGAUAAUUACAACAAACCAAAGAAAUUAAUCUUUUAUUAUGCUUCUUUCAAAUUUCUGGACAUAAUCAAAAUUGUGAAAGAGCAUUUUAUUGAUGCAACCCAUUCAUUACUUGAAUUUAAAAUGUUGUUUUACAUGAUAUCAGCCAAAUUUCCAAAUACACAUGCAUUCCCAAUUUUUCAAUUUGUCGUUUAUCCAAACACUUCAGAAAAUAUUGCAUUCUGUCUCAAGGCAUUUUUUAACUGGGCAAAAGUAA